GUUUAUUCUCAUUCCUUUCUUCCUUUCUCUUUCACUUUCUUCUUCGCCCGCCAUGGACGGGCACCACUGGAGGUGGCCACAGCCACAGUCACAACCAUCGCAUUCGCAACACCUAAACCCUAAUUACUCCAUUCAAAACCCUAACAACUUCUACUUUCAAAACCACGCCUUCCAAUCCCAGAACGUCCUCCAGCACCAAUGGCAGCACACUCCGGCUUUCCCUCCUACAUAUCCCGUUCAAAACCCUACCUACCCCGUCCAGCAGUUUUCUGCUCCCGCGUUCCAGUUCCACAGCGCCCCUCAGAAUCGGGAGAAUAUGAUGGAGAAGGUUGAUAACGCCGCAGAGAAGGCUCGCCGCGAGUUUAUUGCCGCCGGGGAAAGCGUCUCGUCGUGGAAGGUUGCUCAGGCUGCUGUUUCGGCUCUGAAAAUUGAUUCUUGGUUAUCUCUGGGGUUUAGGAUGCAGGAAGUUCCGUCGCUUAAUAACAUUAUACUCGUUGAAGGAAAGAUAAAUGCAUUUAUCCAUUGCUUUGUUGCCGUGCGGAGAAUCACUUCGGUGUAUGAAUUGGAACAAGCAAUCUGCAAGCUUGAAGGCAUUAAUGAGUUUGAUGAGCUGGGAUUGGGCCCUUUGGUUCGACACCCUCUUAUUGAGCAUUAUUUCUCGCUGAAUUCGGAUACCACUAAAGUUUUUAAGAUAACGGCUAAAGAGAUGAUGUCGUUGCUUUUCCAGUACAUAGUUAAUUAUACAAGUAGAGAUAUUCAGGCUGAUGAAUUUUUGGAUUUUGUUGCUAAGAAACGAUCAGUUGCUACGAAGGAAGAGCUUGGCAUAAGAAUUCAAAGCUUGGGGCUGCAUAUAUCUUAUAUCAUGAAGGCCAAGAGGUUGGAAAACUCUGCGCUAACGAAACUUCGAAAGUCGGUUAAGAUAGAUUUUACCAAACAAAACAGACAACUUCUUCGAUCCAUGCAGAAAAAGGAACUAGAUGAACGUUUUAAUGCCAUUUCUGAUCGUGUUGAAUCAUUUUCUUCUGUACAUAAGGAUUUUUGUGGCAAGCAUACUAAAUUUAUGUCAUCAAGCUCAGAGGAUGAAUUUAGUGAUGGUUGUGUAAAUGAAGACGAUAGUGACGAUGCUACUGACAUAUCACCGCAAUGUCUUAAAAGUUCAGACCGACCAAAUAGUUGUCCUUACCCAUCUGCAACUGAGGAGAUAAAACGGCUAGGGCUGAAAGGUGAAACUAAAGACCACCUGGCUUCAGCUAGUGCCAGCCACAAGCACUGUAAGAGUAAUGGAGCAGUUAAAAAAAAAAGAAAAUGUGAAGAUCUAAAAUGCACCAACUCUGAACCUGCUAAAUUAAGAAAGAUAGAUAAGGUAGGACUGGAUGUUCUUGUAAAUAAUGAGAAGAGGCCCAAAGAGAAUAGCCAUAUGAAUGAAGAUGAUUAUGAAGCCACUGAAGAUGAGUUUACAGUUACCGAUGAUUCUUUGAGGAUGUUCGUUGCAAUUUGGAAGGAUCGAUGUCGAGGUGUUAAUGUGGGUCAGGUUUUAAAACGGAUGCUUCGCUUUUAUAAAGUUAAAGAUCGAAAGAGGAUGAUAUCUAUGUAUUCAUCUUAUCCAUUCAUUGGAUUAUUAAAUGUUGCUGUUUCAUCUAUCAAAUUAGGAAUGUGGGAUAGCAUCUAUGACACAGUGCAAGCUAUUAGUAAAUAUGAAACACCGAAGCCUCUUAUUAAUGAUAAUCUUGAGUAUGAAAGCAUAAACAUUGAACCAAGAAAGGAUGUACUAGUGACCAGUGAACCUAUGCUGGAGCAUGCACAGGGUGUUUCAGCUGAAGAUAUUAUCAAGAAAGUUGCUGCUUAUGUCAAGCUUGAUCAUGAAACCCUUAAAAAUGAUAAUUCAAUUAUUGAGAAAAGAUAUAGCAUUUUGAUAAACCUUUCCAAAUGUGAGCGUUGGGUUGCAGACCAAUUUUGUGUCAAGGAAUUUAGAUCCCUUGGUUAUGGGGAUUUUCUACCGUUUUUGGAAAAAUAUACGUCUCUGCUACCACCAGAGCUGUGCAAGUUCUUAACUGGUGAUGUGAGUGAAAAAAGGCCUUUGGAGGUUCGGAUGAUGCACCAGCAAUUGGUAUGUUUACUGUCACAAGCUUCAAAUAAUUUGUGGGAGAAUAGAAACAUAACCAAGCAGGAUAUAUCUUCACUUCUUAUGAGGCAGUUCCCAUUUGUCAGUUUCAAAAUUGUAGCUAAUGGUUCUUUGGAAGAUUUUUUAAGCAUUGAAAUGAAGGAUAAAGGCGGUGUGAUUUCUAAAUCUGUUAUAUUUUCUGUCACAUUAUCUACAAGAAAUGUUAUAGAAUCAUCAGCCAGUAACAAAAAUGACUUAUUGAAGAGUACUUUUUCGAGAAAUGCUGAUGUCCAAGAUGUAAGAACUUGUGAAUCUGUAACAUACAAAGAUGCAAUUGAAGUCUUACUAAAGGCACCGAUGCUGUCAGAUUUAAACUUAUGGUCACAUUGGGACCUUACAUUUGCUCCCUCACUUGGUCCUCUUGUGCCAUGGUUACUAAAUGAAGUCAAAAUGGAUGAAUUGUUGUGCCUGGUGACUAAAGAUGGCAAGGUGGUUCGAAUUGAUCCUUCAGCUACUGUUGAUUCAUUUUUGGAAGCGGCUAUCCAAGGAUCCUCUUUUCAAACAGCAGUCAAAUUCUUAUCUCUGUUCUCAGUCGUCGGAGGAGAAAAACAUGUUCCCUUUUCCCUCUUAAAAUGCCAUGCAAAACAUGCAUUUAAAGUAUUGUGGAAUAAUUCUCUAGAAAAUGUGGAAUCAAAUAGCUGUGGCUACUCUCUUCUUAAAGAAAAAAUCUUUUAUGAAGAGAGAAUGACUGGAGAAGUUACAACAGUUAAUUCUGAUAGCAAGUUACAAAAUAACUUGACCAAAAUGAACAUAGCUGUGUCUGCUGUUUCAAGGUUUGUCCUUGAUUGUCUUCAUUAUCUACCCACAGAGAUUCGUGCAUAUGCUGCUGAUGUAUUCAUUUUUGGGAUGCAAUCUGUCACCAAAGAUGCUGCUUCAGCUAUCUUAUGUGAGUGCAAUCUAUUAGAGCAACGUCUUAUGCUUCAUGAAGUAGGUUUAACUCUUGGCAUCAUGGAGUGGAUUAACGAUUACCAUUCUCUUUCUUCCAGUGAUGCUACUGAUUUAUAUCUGCCUGGGGAUUCAUGCUUGAAAGCAAAUGUAUUUAAUAGAAAAUCAGGCUCAGUACAUAAGCAAGAUGCCAUGGAGAAGUUUUCCAUGUCUGAAGAAGGGAAUAUGGAUGAAUCUGUUACAAUUAGAAAAGAUGAGCAAAGCAGAAAACAUACUCAAGUUUGUGCUGUGGCAAAUGAUGCAGAAGUGUCUGGUUAUGAAAAUGGUAGUUGUGGCUCACUGCAAAUUUCUGAACUUAAUGAAUAUGAAGAUGCAACUCUUGUCAUUGAAUCUAUCAGGAAAGAUGAAUUUGGCCUGGAUUCAAGCCUUUCAAACGUGGAGAAUGGCAUGCUAAAGAAGCAGCAUGCUCGCUUAGGGAGAGCAUUGCAUUGUCUUUCGCAGGAAUUAUAUUCUCAGGAUUCACAUUUUCUUCUUGAGCUGGUUCAGAAUGCUGAUGACAAUAUCUACCCUGAAAACGUGGAGCCGACUCUGACAUUUAUUCUUCAGGAUUCAGGUAUUAUUGUUUUAAACAAUGAGCGUGGUUUCUCUGCACAGAAUAUUAGAGCAUUAUGUGAUGUUGGAAGUUCAACAAAGAAAGGCUCAAAUGCUGGAUAUAUAGGACAGAAGGGUAUUGGUUUUAAAUCAGUAUUUCGGAUUACAGAUGCUCCAGAGAUUCAUUCCAAUGGCUUUCAUGUCAAGUUUGAUAUAAGUGAGGGCCAGAUUGGUUUUGUUUUGCCAACAUCCAUACCUCCUUGUGACCUUAACCUGAUUAGUAGGCUGGCAUCUAGUGGCAGUGAUCAAUUAGAUUUUAACUAUUGUAGCACUUGCAUUGUGCUUCCUUUUAGAUCAAGAUUAUCUGAAGGAACUGUGGUGAAAAACAUUAUAACAAUGUUUUCCGAUCUUCAUCCAUCCUUGUUACUUUUUCUUCACCGCCUCCAGUGUAUAAAGUUUAGAAACUUGCUUGAUGACUCGUUGAUUGUCAUGAGGAAAGAAAUUAUGGGCCAUGGUAUUGUUAAUGUCUCACAUGGAAAUGAGAAAAUGACGUGGUUUGUUGUGUCACAGAAAUUACAGGCAGAUUUUAUUCGUUCUGAUGUACAAAUGACAGAGAUUUCAGUAGCAUUUACACUGCAGGAAUCAAAUGAUGGCGGUUAUAGUCCACUCCUUAGCCAACAGCCUGUAUUUGCAUUUCUUCCCCUCAGAACUUAUGGCCUGAAAUUUAUACUUCAGGGUGAUUUUGUCCUUCCAUCAUCUAGAGAAGAAGUGGAUGGGAAUAGUCCAUGGAACCAGUGGUUAUUGUCAGAGUUUCCAGGAUUGUUUGUUGAAGCAGAGAGAUCUUUUUGCAAUCUUCCAUGUUUUAAAGAUAAUCCAGGCAAAGCUAUAUCAGCUUUUAUGAGCUUUGUUCCUCUUAUUGGGGAGGUGCAUGGCUUCUUUUCCAGUCUUCCGCGAAUGAUUGUUUUCAGAUUGCGCGUGUCAAAUUGUUUACUUUUGGAAGGCGGUAGUGAAUGGGUUCCACCAUGUAAGGUUUUAAGAGGCUGGAACGACGAAGCUCGUUCUAUUCUUCCUGCUGAUUUGCUUUAUGAACACCUUGGCCUUGGUUUCUUAGAUAAAAAUAUUAUUCUAUCAGAUCCCCUUGCUAGGGCUCUAGGUGUUGAAGAGUACGGACCCAAAAUUCUAGUUCAAUUUAUGUCAUCCUUGUGUUGCACAGAAAAUGGCCUCAAAUCAAUGGGCUUGACCUGGUUGUCGUCUUAUUUAAUUGAACUGUAUACCAUGUCAGUGCAUUCUGGGCGUUCUGUACUAGAUUCUGAAGAAGAUUUGGAUUGGAUAGAUAACCUUCGAAAUAUUUCAUUUAUUCCACUUUCAAAUGGUAUGUAUACUGCAGUAUCUGAUGGUACAAUUUGGCUGCAUUUUGAUGCCUCAAGCUCUGGUGUUGAUGGUGAGUAUGGCAUUGAGUCCUUUCCAAAUCUAUAUGCUAGACUUCGAAUCGUCAAUCCAGCCUUCCUAACUGCAUCAUCUGCUGAUAGUUCACAUACUGAUGUGACCGUAUCUGACAAACUUUCCAUGAUGCUUUAUAAAAUUGGUGUACAACGAAUGUCGGCACAUGAAAUCAUCAAGUUGCAUAUCCUUCCAGCAAUAUCUGAUGAAACUAUUAUAGAUAAGGACAAGAAUUUGAUGACAGAAUAUGUUUGUUUUGUAAUGUCCCACCUAAAUUUUGGCUGCCCUGAUUGCCUUGUUGAAAGGGACUACAUAAUUUCGCAGUUGCAAAAUACAGCUUGUAUUUUGACAAAUUACGGAUUUAAACAACCUUCCAAAGAGUCAAUUCAUUUUAAUGAAGAAUUUGGAAAUCCUGUCGAUGUAAAUAAGUUGGUUGAAGAUGUCGAUAUAAAAUGGCACGAGGUGGAUGUCUCCUAUUUGAAGCAUCCAAUAACCAAAACACUUCCAUCUGGACUAAUCAAGUGGAGGGAGUUUUUCCAGGGAAUUGGAGUCACAGAUUUUGUCAAAGUCCUCCAGGUUGAGAAGAGUGUUGCAGAUAUACCUCAAGCUCUAUUCAAGUAUUUCAUGUCGGAAGGAGAAUUAAUUUCCCAUGAAUCGAUUGUUAAAGAUUGGGAAUCUCAUGAAUUGGUGAAAUUAUUAUCCCUGUUAUCCACUGGUAGCAACAGAAAAAAUUGUGAAUAUCUCUUGGCAGUUCUUGAUAAAUUAUGGGAUUCUUGCUUUACUGACAAAGUGACAGGUUACUGCACCACCAAAUCUGUUCUAGAUGGUAAGCCUUUUAAGUCUACCUUUAUAAGCACCAUCACUGAUGUGCAAUGGGUUAUAUCAACCAUGGAUGAUAAGCUUCACUAUCCAAAAGAUUUGUAUUAUGACUGCGAAGCAGUGCGCUCAGUUCUUGGCACAUGUGCUCCAUAUGCUUGCCCAAAGGUGAAAAGCGAGAAGUUGGUUAGUGAUAUUGGGUUUAAGACUAAGGUUACCCUUGAAGACGUUCUUAAAAUGUUAGAAGAAUGGAGGUUAAAGUCCCCCUUCAUGGUCAGCAUAACACAAAUGUCCAAAUUGUAUAAUUUCAUUUGGCAUGAAGUAGCUGUUUCGAAGAAACUGGCAAAGCAACUCCACUCUGAACCUUGCAUAUUUGUUCCAUACACGUCUGGUUCAAGGCAUGAGGAUGUAGUAUCUGGUGUAUUUUUGUCUCCUGGUGACGUAUUUUGGCAUGAUCCAACUGGAGCUAUGGAGCUAAUGAAAGAAAUGCUUCCUCAAUGCACCUUAAGCAGUAUGGCUUCUGUUCCUUUAAACAAAACGUUGUGCAAUAUCUAUCCUGGCCUUCAUGAGUUUUUUGUUGAUGUGUGUGGAGUGCAUGAGAAACCUCCUCUUCCUUCAUACCUUCAGAUUUUGCAGCAGUUAUCCAGUGUCAAGUUGCCUCAUCAAGCUGCUAAAACAGUUUUUCAAGUUCUUUUAAUGUGGAGUGAUGGACUAAAAUCAGGAUUGAUUACGAACGAAGUUGCUUACAUGAAGGAUUCUCUUAAAAAGGUGGAAUGUACAAUUCUUCCCACCAUACAAGAUAAGUGGGUUUCCCUUCAUCAUUCUUUUGGCUUUGUGUGCUGGUGUGAUGAUAAGAAAUUAAAAAAGCAUUUUAAGAAUUUGGACGGGAUUGACUUUUUAAACUUUGGUAAGCUGAGCAAGGAUGAUAAAGAAAUGCUGCAAACAAAAGUAUCUGUCCUCAUGAGAGAUUUAGGAAUUCCUGCUCUUUCAGAGGUUGUAAGUCGGGAAGCAAUAUAUCAUGGUAUUGCAAACUCCAGCUUCAAAGCUUCAUUGGUAAACUGGGCUCUUCCAUAUGCUCAGCGUUAUUUGUCUGCUUUGCACGCAGAUAAAUAUUCUCAAUUUAAGCAGUCUGGUUAUGAUAUUGUAAACAAGCUACAAGUAGUAGUUGUUGAACAACUAUUUUACAGGAAUGUUAUAAAGAGUUGUGGCAGUACAUCAGAGAAGCGGGUUCAGUCUGACUGUCUUCUGCAGGGUGAUAUUUUGUAUUCAACCCCAGAAUCAGAUGCUCAUGCUUUAUUUUUGGAGCUUACUCGUUUAUUUUUUGAUGGAAAUCCUGAACUGCACAUGGCAAAUUUCCUUCACAUGAUCACAACCAUGGCAGAAUCAGGUUCCAGCGAGGAUCAAACAGAAUUUUUUAUUUUGAAUAGCCAAAAGAUCCCAAAGCUUCCUGUCGGAGAGUCUGUUUGGUCCCUUGUAUCUGUACCUACAUUGCCAGAGAGUGAUAAAAUAGUUGAUUCAGAAUCUGGUUCAAAGCUUACAAGAAAAGCACCAAUUACAUCAAACUGGCCACCUGUGAAUUGGAAAAAUGCACCUGGUUUUGAUUAUGCUCGUGCUAAUGGUUUCAAAACACAGGCAUCAAUUGCACAGCCCAGUUGUGACUCACCGAAGGAUAGUUGUCAAAACGUUGACCAAAUAUGUAAUGAAAUUCCGAUGUUAGCUGAGAAUGGUUGGACCAACGAAGACGAUUUGGCAGCAACAUCAGCAGCUUUAAUUUUUCCCGAUUUCAGCAGUUUAGAACAUUGUGGCAAUGUUUAUAAUCAAACCGAUUCUGGUAUGACUGGAGAAUUUGAUCUAGGGUCACACAAAUUGGGUUCUUCUCAAUUUUUUAGGAGAGAUCAGAUAAGAAUUGGUACACCCAAUGCCCAAGGAAUGUUGACUGGGAGGCUUGGCGAGCAACUUGCUUUUAAUUACUUCGUUGAGAAAGCUGGUAAACAUGCUGUGAGGUGGGUUAAUGAACACAAUGAAACGGGUUUACCUUACGACCUGGUUGUUGGUGAAGAGUUUAUUGAAGUUAAAGCAACCGUAUCUCCUCGGAAAAACUGGCUCAAGAUAACAAUGAAUGAGUGGAAGUUUGCAAUAGAUAAAGGCGAUGCUUUCAGUAUCGCACAUGUAGUUAUAUUGGAAAAUAACGUUGGUAAGGUUUCAGUGUUUAAGAAUCCAGUAAAACUGCUUCAUCAAGGGAAGCUCCAUCUGGUUGUUGUGAUGCCUACAGACCAAGAACUCUAAGUGGUGCUCAGAAGUAGCCAUUCGCUCCAAAUCGGGAGGAGGUGGUUCGAUGGGGGAACGGUAUGUUCCACACUCGCUUUCUGUUUUCAUCUCCGAGCACCAACUGCUAAUUUAACCAUAUUUGGCUCAGGUUAACUGUAGAGGAAAUGUAACAUUCUUGGAAUCAACCACUGGUGAGUAGUAUUGUUGAAAAGCUAUGGCACUGUUAGAUUUCCAUUUACGAAACCUCUACCAGGACUGUUAAAUCCCACACAAGGCUCUCGUUUGAUACCAUCUCAGGAUUGAUUAUUUAAUUGGUGGCCAGUCAAAUUUUUCAAGAGUUGUAACUUUAGAUAUUGUCUUCGGCAAUGUGUAUAUAUGUUUUUAUGGUUUUUUAUUAUUUGUUUUUUUUGUUCCUUUAGUUAGCUUAUUAUUAAGGCAAAGAAUAAGUUGCCUUGAGAUUUGGAAUUCUUCGUUUCUUUUUUCCUUGGUAGGCAUUUGUAAAUUUCUCUCACCGAGAUAUAGAAAAAAGGUUAUAGCUCAAAUGAAAUUACAAUACCAUUUAUCUGAAUGGGCAUUAAUAUUAUUUAAUUAAUGUUA